AAGAAAAGCAUAUUGAAUGGGUUGAAGAACUUCGCAAAAGGCAUAUGGCUGUAUCACAAAACAUAGUUAUCAGAAAGGCCAGAUCAUUAGCUAAUACUAUUGAAGUAAAAAAUAUCCAUCCUAAUAUUAUUAAUUUUAGCUUUUCAAUAAUGAUCAGUAUGACUCAUGAAUUUACACCUUCUGGACGUAUUAAAAAACCCUCAUAUUCUACUCUAGCUCAAUGGGUACUUGAAUCAACAAAACACGCAAAGUGUUCCGAAGAAGCUAUUUGUACAAAUUGCGCAUCACACAACCUUGAAUGUAUUUACGUUAAGCCGGUUAAAAAACGGGGACCGAAAGCUGCUAAUAGAUCAACUAACGUUUUUGAAGAUAACUCCGAUAAAGCCCCAAAUAUUGAACAGGAACAUUCAUCAACUCAAUUUAGCGUAUCCAUUCCUUUCUACCUUGACUAUAAUUAUAACGAAGAAUUUUAUCCAAUCCAAAGUGGUUGCUUUUCACAUAUUAAUACCAAUGAUAUUAUGCUUGGUAACUCUGGUAAAGCUCCAAAUAUCGAACAGGAACAUUCAUCAAUUCAAUUUAGUGUACCGAUUCCUUUCUACCUUGACUAUAACUAUAACGAAGAAUUUCAACCAAUCCAAAAUGGUUGCUUUUCACAUAUUAAUAACAAUGAAAUUAUGCUUGAUAACUCUGGUGAAGCUCCAAAUAUCGAACAGGAAUGCACAUUGACUCAAUUUAGCGUACCCAUUCCUUUCUAUCCUGGCUAUAACUAUAACGAAGAAUUUCAACCAAUCCAAAAUGGUUGCUUUUCACAUAUUAAUAACAAUGAUAUUAUGCUAGAUAACUCUGGUGAAGCUCCAAAUAUCGGACAAGAAUACUCAUUAACUCAAUUUAGCUUUCUAUCCUGA